AUGGUUCGUAGACCUUUUAAAACAGAAUUAAAUUCAACGAAGAUUUCCAAGAAUAAAAAACAAAACAAUGAAGUAAUAGCUACAAAUAUUAUUAAGGAAAUACCACUUAAUGAUCCUCCAAAUGGUAAAAUGAAUCAUUUAAAUUGUAAAUCUGAAGAUGCUUACGAAUUUUCUGAUCAAGUUAGCAAUAAAAUGGGAGAGAUGAUUCUCCAAGGAUAUAAAAUGCUUGAUGAAAUUUGUUCUACCUGUGGAAAUGUUUUACUAGCAAAUCAACAUAAAGAAAAAGGAUGUGUUGCAUGUGCUAUGCUCUUAGCAAAAGAGAUGGAAAUUUCUGACAAGGCAAACGGCAUUGAUAGUAAAGAAUCAAACGCAAUAGAAAUGAAAAAGACAAAUAUCAUUAUAGAGGAAUCACGGAAAAUUGGGGAAACGAUAAAGUUACCUAAAAAAUCUUUAUCAGAUAAAAUAUCUUCAAAAAUGGGAGAUUUAUUAGUCAAAGGGCACACAAUGCUUGAUGAAUAUUGUACUGUGUGUUCUGGUAUUUUGAUGAAAGAUCCACAAACAUCUGUAAAAAAUUGUAUUGCUUGCCAAAUUACUAAUACACAACCUGCAGCACUUUUAGAAAAAGGGAUAACGAAUGAUCUUUCAAAAACAAAUAAUCAAGGAUCAAAUUGUGAAUUGGUUGUUAAAAAUAAGGCUGUUGUCGAACGUCUUCAACACACCUCAUCAAUUGUUGGCGAUACUACUUUACCCAUCUCUCCACAAGAUAUUUUAAUUAACCUAGAAAUUAUAAAAGAAUGUUUAAAUAUUUUAAAAGAGUACAAUGUUAAGAUAUAA